AUGAGGAGGAGGAUGAGGAGGAGUCUAACCGGGAGGUGGUGGGAGGUGGGAGGACAGCUGAUGCCCACUCCACUGAUGACAUGGGGACUGACCUCCGCUCAACCUCAACCUCUCACAUCUCACGCUCCUUCGUCACUGACUGAUCUGGAACUGGAAUUGUAUUACAUCGUUAAAUAUUUCAUACCUAGCUAUUAUACUAACCUGCAGCAAGAGAUUUUGUUAUGCCCAAAAUAUUUGCCUCUGCGGGCCCCUUCCACAUACACCUUUGGUUUACGCAUGCGCGCGCACUUUCGACUCCGCCUCACUCGCAAACCACGGAUGGCACGAAAGCGGCUGAAGCCGAGUAAACUGGAGAUGGAGCUGGAGGACCUGGCAGUCCCAGAGAGGAAGGCAAGUCUGGAGCAGUACUCUACACCUCCCCAUAUCGCCGCACACCUCCUGUGGGAAAUCUCCCAGCACUGCGGCAGCAUCCGAGACGAGUUCGUCUUGGAUCUCGGCUGCGGGAACGGGAUACUAGGGCUAGGGUGCCUUCUACUGGGGGCAAAGUUCGUGGUGGGGGUCGACAUUGAUCACUCUAUGAUUGAAUCAGCUCGAAAAAAUGCCGCGGGUCUCGGGUUCACUGAAGGAAAUAUCUAUUUUGUGAACCAAGACGUACGAGAGUUUGAUGUAGGGACAUCGGAUAUUCCUGGCCUUGUUGGAUGCCAAGUGGACGCUGUAGUUAUGAAUCCACCGUUUGGAACUAUGAAGGAUUCGACUGGGAUUGAUGCUGUCUUUGUGUGUAAGGCACUGGAGAGUGCUAAGAUAGUUUACUCUAUGCACAAGAGCUCGACGCGGGAGUUCUGGAAGAAGAAAGCAGUAGAACUUGGUGUCCAGGUGAAUGUGCUGACAGAGGUGAAGUUCAAUAUAGAGCAAACAUUCCGGUUUCACAAGUACAAGAGUGUGGAUAUACAAGUUGAUUUGAUACAGUUUCGUAAAUUAUAG